AUGGCAUUCACAAGCAGUCUGACCCAACUCGCCUUCUGGAAGACAUUCAUCACUCCAAACCGCUACUCCCACGACCAAAUCCCAGACCUCACUGGAAGGGUCGCCAUCGUCACCGGCGCCAAUACAGGGCUCGGAUACGCUACCACCGUUGCUCUUGCAGCCCAUGGCGCACAUGUCUUCCUGGCUUGUCGCAGCCAGCAACGUGCUGAGGAUGCGAUUGAGCGGGCCAAGGCCGAGAUCAACGAGACGUAUCCCGAUGCACCCACCCCUCAACUUGAGUUCUUGGAAUUGGAUCUGAAUGAUAUGAAUAAGGCUCAUCAGGCUGCAAAGGCGUUUUUGGAGAAGGGUCUGCCUUUGCAUAUCCUUGUUAACAACUCCGGCAUCAUGAAUUGCCCCUUCGCCCUCAGCGCCGAUGGCAUCGAGACGCAGUUUGCUGUGAACCACUUGGGUCAUUUCGUCUUCACCAUGGGCCUCCUCAACAAGAUCAAGGAAUCCCAGCCCUCCAGAAUCGUCAACCUCUCCUCCAACGGCCACGAAUUGGCGCCUGCCCACUUGGGAGGAAUCGACUUUGACACCCUCAACGACUCCACAAAGACCAAUUCCACCACCCGCUACGGCCGUUCAAAACUCGCCAAUAUCCUGUUCACAAAAGCCCUUGCCCGUCGCCUCGCCAACGAACGUGUAUAUGUCAACGCUGCGCAUCCGGGGUUUGUCUCGACAGAAUUGAUUCGACAUACGGGGGAUGAGUUUGGGUCGGCGAUGGGGGUUGUGACGGAGAAGUUGACGAGGUUGAUGGCGAUGUCGCCAAAUGUUGGAGCUUUGACACAGUUGUAUGUUGCGACGAGUCCUGAGAUUGAGAAUAAUGACGUUCGUGGACGGUAUUUCAUCCCCAUUGCUAAUGAGAUCCAACCUAGUGCAUUGGCAAGGGACGAAGAGCUGCAAGAGAAGCUGUGGACAUUCAGCGAGAACCUCAUGAACGAGAAGGUCAAGGCCUGA